AUGUUUGCAGCUGAAAGUAUAAUUGAAAAUUCCAACUGCUCUCUUUCUGAUAAACAAUCGGAAUCGAUCUUUUAUCUAAAUUCGGACGAUUUUCGGCCACUUCCUCAGAAGCCGCGAACCCGUUUUGAAUCUGAACAAAUUCCUCAGACGGGCGAAGAGACAGUUGAAAUUGAGUUGGCCUCACAGUUUUAUUCGUGGCUUGGUUCUUCAUCCCAUACUGAUUACAGCGAGUUCAUACAAACCGAAACGGAACUUCUUUCAAACUUUGAAAACCAGGAAAAAUAUUGCACAGCGAUAAUAAGCAAGACGGAAGAAAUACUCUCUAUUCUUAAUGAACUUAAGGAAAAAUAUCACUCAGUCUCGGAUAAGACUAACAAUCUUCACGAAACUUGCGAAAAUCUCCUUCGAAAACAAACUGAUCUUAACGAGAAAGCGGAUCAAAUAGAGGAAUAUCUUCAAUCAUUCAAUGCUCUGUUCUCAAUAGAAUCUAAAUUAAGCAAUAGAAAUUUGGUUCUAUCAGCUGAAAGAAUGGAUGAGGUUUUGCAAUCAAUCGAUCAAAGUAUUGUCUUUCUGAAUGAGCAUCGAACUUUCAAAGAUUCCGAAGCCUUCCUUACACGUUUUAUUAACUGCCUUAAUAUCGCUCUACUCAUGGUGAAGGAAGGAAUCAAGAAUUCAAUUCGACAAGUUGUCUUGGAAAUAGUGGAACUUGGUGACGCCAUUUCCCCAGAAAAUUCAUUCAUUCUUCUUUACGGUCGAUUUCGAGCCAAAGCUUCUCGUAUUCGCUCGCUUAUGCAGUUAAUGGAAUCCCGUGCAGAUACGUCAGAAAAGUACUGUGAUGUCAUAACGGAAUGUCAGGCCUACUACUUGUCCAAGAGAGAAGCUUUAGUCCUCCCGGUUGCUAGAGCUAGUAUUGCUGACCUAACAAAUAAGUACUCGCGGGAUCACUGUGAACUCUUUCGAACAACCAUCUCAUUUAUGUUGCAUAUGGUUGAGGAUGAAUCUCUCUUAUUUUUUCGAUUCUUUCAAUCUCAAAAAACUCCAACUCAAACCACGAGGUCCCCGCUCUCCUUGGAGUCGAUGUUAACAAACCUUUGCAAUUGUGUUUACGACGCACUUCGUCCCUUCCUUGUUCAUAUUAAUCAUAUUGAAAUCCUGACGGAGUUAUGCGAUCUACUAAUUCACGAGUUCAUUGAAGACAACGCAACUGCUAAUAAGAAUGUAGACCUCACAGCGUUUGAAAAUAUGUGCCAAACUUUACUGGCGGAUGUACAACAGAGACUGAUCUAUCGAGCCCAUAUCUACAUUAAAUCGCAGAUACAGGAUUAUCAACCUGGUCCCGGUGAUAUCGCCUAUCCUGAGAAGUUGGAAAUGCUUGAGAGUAUCACUUCAAAUCUCCAGCAACAGCAGCAGCAAGGUCAGGCAGAUAAAAGUGAAUCAUCAUCUGAAGUUCAAGGGAGAGCAUCCUCUACGGAUUCCACUGAUUUUCAUGGAAUGUGGUAUCCUACUGUUCGAAGGGCAUUAGUAUGUAUUUCAGGCUUAAGUCGUUGUCUUGACGUUGAGUCAUUCCAAGGCUUAGCACAAAACUGCCUUUCAUCAUGCAUCGAUUCUCUGCUACUUGCGCAGAAACGUAUUGAGACACGUCGUACUCCUAGUGAUGGUCAAUUGUUCUUCAUAAAACAUCUCCUUAUUCUUCGGGAACAAGUCACACCAUUUAACGUUGACUUUAGAGUUCGAGAAACUACUCUGGACUUCUCAAAUAUAACUAAUGCAGCCUAUCAGGUUUUGCCAAAAGUCGGAUCGAAAUUUUUCGAUUUAAGCAAGGCAAACCACCUCCUAAGGCUAUUAUUACUAGAAGGUCCGACAGUUAUUGAUAAUGAUGUCGAUUCCCGAAGACAAUUAGAUAGGCAGUUGAAACUGACCUGUGAACUCUUUAUAUCUGAUUCAAUAAGGGCACUGACCGGACAGAUAUCCCACCUCCUUGAGAUGGCGAAAUUAGCGUCAUCCAGUGUUUCUUCCCAGCCACUUGGCCCUCCUAACGGAAUCAAGGAAACGGUGUCUGCGUCAUUCAGACAACUGUCAUUCAACCAACAGGAGACAAGUCUUUCACCAAAAACUCUUGCAGCAAUAAGGAGAAAACUAGUUCUCUAUUUGGGGAAUGCAAAUACAGUGGCCAUUAUUAUGAGGCCAAUUGAAAAUGGAGUUGUUCAGACAUGGAGAAAGUUUGGAGCUGUUAUUGAUGAACACUACUCAGAGGAGGAUAGGAUGGUUAUUGGAUCAAUGGCUGGGAAUUUCUGGCAAAGCUCGCAUUACCUAGAAUGGCUUUUAGAUCGACAAGAUGUUUUAAAAUAUAGAGCCAAUGAUUUAAAGAAGUUGGGAUCUGAGGAAGAAUAUCAGAAAAUUAUGAUAUUUUUUAUUGAUGUCAUCCAAGCAUUUGGCAAAAGUGUUGAAGUCCGGCAACAAGUUAUUGCGACAGCCUCUGUAUAUUUUCGCAGAUUCUAUAGUAGGACUUCUCUGAGAUCAAUAGAUCCUUGGUUAAUGGCACCAUCUUGUCUCUUUUUGGCAUCUAAAGUUGAAGAGUACGGCGUCAUUCAACCAAAAAGUCUCAUUACAGCUUGUUGCAAAGUUGUAAGUAGUCAGUAUUCCAAAUACUUCAAGGAUUAUGUAUACCCUUAUCGAACCCACGAUGUUUUUGAGUGCGAGUUUAUCUUAAUGGAAGCUAUGGAUUGUUCUCUGGUUGUUUUUCAUCCCUAUCGGCCGCUUCUUAAUUUUUGCAAUGAUUUGAAACCCCAUUUACUUGAUCUUGCAGAAGAGCAUUUGCAACGAGCAUGGGCUUUUGCGAAUGAUACGCUUCGUACUGACCUGUGUCUUCAUUAUCCUCCUUAUUUAAUAGCUCUAGGUUGCGUUCAGUUAGCACUAAUAUCCCUUUCAAAGAGGCCACCGUCAACUUCUGAAAAUGCUAAUGAUCAUCAUUCCCUUUAUUUUUCAAAUCAGUCAAGUAGUAAUGCUCUGGCUAUUGCCGAACAGUGGUUUAGUGAGCUCAAUGUCGACCUUGUGAAGGUUUUAGAAGUUGUCAGAUAUAUCCUCGCCCAUUAUGAUUUGCUAGAACGUAUGGACAUGGAGAAUGAGAUACCGACGCUUAUACUGACUAAGAUGCCGCGUCCCAUAGUUCAACAGCCAGCCAACCAGCAGCAAGCUCAAGGUCAAUCAGGCGGAGCAUCUGGAAGUGUUCCCGCUGGUGGGGGGCCUCAACAGCAUCCCCGGAUAGUUCCACAGCAGCAGCCACCACCGAUGCCUUCACACCACCAUCAAAUGCCCCCACCUCCGCAUCCAUCACAAAAUCUUGGUCCACCUAUGUAG